CUUGAUUGGUCAAUCAAACGCCAUUCUACUCUAUGGAGUAAAUUUUGGAACGUAACCUACGACAUUUCAGGGUUUCAGGGUUACCAACGCUAAGAAACAAAUUCUCGAAUUCAAAUUGCAUUGCUCGCGUUCUUCGUCCUUCUACCGUGCCGAUGCACGUAGAGGCACAGAUGCAAGGCAAAAGUAUAGAAAAUGCAUGCAAAACAAAUCCGGUUUUCUUUAUAUAAUGAAUUUAACAGCCAUUAUGAAAUUUAGUAACAAUUAUGAAAGCUAUUUUUAUUUUCUUGCGUGGUCAUGUGCUAUUUCUUAUUCUGUAUAUGAGUUUUAUUUAUCGAAUAAUUAUUUUGAUAAUUAUUAUGAUGCAUACAAUGAUUUUGAUAGAGGAUGGACUUGGAUUGGAAAAAAACGAGAUAUUUCUGAUCAAGAGUGGCGUGCAUGGCUUGCAUUAGUAAACAAACUAAUAUCAUACAUUUUUAUACAUCAUUUUUUCAGUCAGAUUAUUAAAGUUAAUAGUAACAAUAUGGUAACACAUUUAUAUAUAUUUACAAAAUAUAUUUUAUAGAAAAAAUGUGCAAUUCAAAGAAGUAACAUGGAAAUCUUUCAGAUAUUGUGUUGUUGGUAUAUCUUGUCAUCUACAGCUUUUCUGUAUUAUUAUAUUGGUUUAUUGGGUGCAUUAUGUGCUCUACUGCAACCUAGUCUUUUACAUAUAAUAACAUAUAAAUAUAGUAAGAAUGUAGCAUGGUUAAUACAUGUUUCAUUCCUAUUUGUAAUACAUAUAUUAAAAAUACCGAAUGGUAUUUUUCAAAGCUGGCUAGGAUUCGAUGAUGAACAGCAUUAUAUUUUGACACUUACAAUGUGUUGGAUACAUUUAAGAAGUAUCAGUCACAAUAUGGAUAGUAUUGAUGACAAACUUCUCAAUUCAAAUAAUUUUAUUCAGAAAUUAGCAUAUUGUUUAUACUUGCCCACAUUAUUUUCAGGGCCACUUAUUUUGUAUCAUGAGUUUGUUGAGUCUAUUAAUCAACCACAUCAAUAUUGGAAUUACCAAAAACUACAAACUUUUGUGUUAAAUUUAAUUAGAUACAUGUUCUGGUUAUAUUUUACUGAAUUGUUGCUACACUUUAUUUAUGUAAAUGCUAUUCAAUAUCAUCCUCAGAUUGUGCAAAAUUUAAAUCCUUGGGCACUGUAUGGUUUAGGAUAUUGCAUGGGACAAUUCUUUCUGAACAAAUAUGUUGUAAUCUAUGGGAUUUCCAAGACUUUAUGUAAUUUAGAUAAUGUAAAAGCACCACCACCACCUAAAUGUAUAGCUAGGAUUCAUUUAUAUUCCGACAUGUGGAAACAUUUUGAUAGAGGAUUAUAUAAAUUUCUUAUAAAUCUCUUUAUUUUUUCCAGAUAUAUUUAUAUCCCUGUACAAAAGUCAAAUGGGUGCUUUGGAAAAUUGUUUGCAUCAUUUUUAUGUUUUGCUUUUGUUCUUAUAUGGCAUGGAAUACAAGUGAAUAUUUUUAUUUGGUCACUGUUCAAUUUUAUAGGAAUAGCAAUCGAAAGUAUAGGAGUAUCAAUUGGCAAAAGCAAACAAUAUCAUAAAAUGCAGAAUAUGUAUUUAUCUCCAAAAAAUAUUAAGAGAUUUCAUUGUAUAUUAGCAAGCCCUCUUUUAGCAAUGUCAGCAAUAUCUAAUUUUUAUUUUUUUGGGGGCCCAUUAAUUGGUAAUAUUUUUACAUAUAACAUAAUACUAUAUGGAUCCUGGAAAACUUUAUUUAUUCUGUUUUUCUUUCUUUAUUGCUGUUGUCAAGUUUCUGUAGAUGUUAAAAAUUGGGAAUUAAAAGUUCGAAGUUUGACUUGAUUAAA